CGCGGGAUGUUUUCAGGAUCUUUUCACAAACUCAAAAGGGAAACAUUUAAAUGACAUAUCUAUAUAUAUCUAUGUAUGUAUAUAUAUAUAUAUAUAUAUAUAUAUAUAUAGAGAGAGAGAGAGAGAGAGAGAGAGAGAUUUUUUUUUAAAACCAGUAAUGAAAAAUAUGAGGAUUUUUGACGAGACUAUUUAGGAGGACAAUAAUCGACAGUGGGUGGAGAUAUUUCAUUUUAAAAGAGAACAAAGAGGACAGAGCGGGGAAGCACUGCAAGCAGAGGCCUGACCUAGAUGCUUUCUCCCCCGAAGUCAUGCAGCACUACGGGGUCAACGGCUACUCCCUGCACGCCAUGAACUCCCUCAGUGCCAUGUACAACCUCCACCAACAGGCGGCACAGCAGGCGCAGCACGCCCCCGACUACCGGCCCUCCGUGCACGCCCUCACGCUGGCCGAAAGACUGGCUGGUAAGUAUCAGCCGCCGGUCGCGGGGCGUCAAAGUCGACCCCCCGGGGCGGCGCAGGGGGCCUCAAUUAAACGUGCCGUGUGGCUUGUUUUUCCUCUCAACGGCUGCACGUUUCAAGACAUCAUCCUGGAGGCCCGCUACGGCUCCCAGCACCGAAAGCAGCGGCGCAGCAGGACGGCCUUCACCGCCCAGCAGCUGGAGGCUCUGGAGAAGACCUUCCAGAAGACGCACUACCCGGACGUAGUCAUGCGGGAGCGUCUGGCCAUGUGCACCAACCUGCCCGAGGCGCGAGUGCAGGUGUGGUUCAAGAACCGGCGGGCCAAGUUUCGCAAGAAGCAGCGCAGCCUGCAGAAGGAGCAGCUCCAGAAGCAGAAGGAGGCGUCAGGAGCCGCCCAAGCGUCUACUGAUGAAGCCAAGGCCGAGGCCCCGCCCGCCGACGACACACACGCUACCCCGCCGCCUCCAUCCUCCGCCUCGUCCUGCCACUCCGAGUCGGACAGGCUGGCGGCGGUGAGGUCUCACGAGCCCGGCGAGACGAGCGUGGAGGUGAACGUCACUUCCCCCGAGCCGUCGGAUGGCGAAUCGGCGGUAGAGGACAACGCGGACGCGGAGGAAGACACAGUGAGGGGGGAGGCGAGGGGGAGGGCCAGGGAGGAGGCGAAAGCGCACGGGGGGACGCAGCACGGUGGAAGCUCGCCGUCCUACAAACAACUCAGCCCUACAUCGGACUCCCCCCUGAGCUCGCCCGCCCUGCCGUCCUCCAGCAGCGUGACGAGCGGCCCGGCCCAGAGCAACUCGUACGCGUCGUCGCCUCUCAGCCUCUUCCGGCUGCAGGAGCAGUUCCGGCAGCACAUGGCGGCCACCAACAACCUGGUGCACUACCCGUCCUUCGACAUGAGCGCGCCGUCCUCGCUGCCCUACUUGGGCAUGAACGUCAACAUGCCGUCCCCGCUGGGCUCGCUGCCCUGCCAGUCUUACUACCAGACGCUAUCGCAGGCCCAGCAGGUGUGGAACGGCCCGCUGCUGCCGGGGGCGUCGGGCGGCCUUCCGGGGAGCCUCAAUAGCAAGACCACCAGCAUCGAAAACCUCCGGCUGAGAGCCAAGCAGCACGCGGCCUCGCUGGGAUUGGACACGCUCCCCAACUGAAGCUGCUCCCAUGCCAAGCGCGUUCGCCCUCCGUGUUCGCCCUUCGAUCCGGGCCUGGGGACUUUGGAUCCACCCCCAUUUUCCUUAUUCAACCUCUCGCCUGUGCACAAAAACUUCACAUGGCCUUCAGAGGCCACCUCGAGUUGAACUUUCCAACUGGCCUUGUUCUUUCUAAAGGUGUCCAUCAUGAGCAUGUGUCUGCCGGGACUUAAAAGAAUCCAUUGAAAUGCAGUACAGUGAACCUUCGCUAUUCUCGGGGGAUAGGGACUGAGAGCCCUGUCAAGAUUAGCAAAAAUCUGCAAGUGACACCCCCACUAAAGAGGUUUGUAAUUACCUAUAAAUGCCACAUGAAGAUGGCAAAGCACUACUUAUUUUGAAAUGAAACUCACCUAACCUCAGUAUACAGUGGAACCUUGGUUUUUUUUCUGAUUAAGCCAUGACAAAAAGUCUGACCAUAACCACAUUUUAUGAAAAAGUAAUCAAUAUUUCCCUUAGGAAAUAAUAUAAAUCCAAUUAAUCCGUUGCAGACACCUAAACAUAUUACAAGGAACUACGAUCAAAAGUGUGUGAAAUCCAUGGUUCAGUCAGUAAGCGAUCAGCAGUGAAAACGCUUCGCUCAAGGAAGUGCCACACCCCGUAACACGGUAACGUUUGGGCGCUUAAUUCCAGGAAAUGAUUGGCAGUCAGGUGGAGGACUUUGGUACUGAUCAUUUUCAAACCAGAAAAAAAAAAACACCUGGAUGGAUGAAAACCGUGACAAAUUUUGGAGAAAAAAAAACAAUUGUCGAAAACUGAAUCUUACAAAAACUGGGGCCUUCAAAAUCAUAGGUCCCACUGUACUUCCUUGGCACUAAAAUGCUACCAUAUAGCACCAAAGCAAUACUUUUAUUGCGAUAGCCUGAGUUUAAAAAGAGCGAAUAGGUGAGUUUUUCAGCAGAUAGGUUCCCCCCAAAAAUCCAAGACUAGGCAAAUUUGCAAGGGGGGUUUACUGUAUUCUAUGCUUGGGGAUAUUGUUGUUUCCUACUCCACUUUUGCUGUUGCACAUACAGAAUAUGAAAUACUCCUUUUUUUUCUAAUACUCCUUAGCCAGAACAACUGUAUGCAUGCAAACGUCACACUGAAGCAAGGUUUACAGUUGGACCGUUGCCAGUGAGUUAAAUAGCUAUCGACACCAAACUUGGUAGAAAUAAAAGUUCCCAUUGAUCACUGUAAUCCAAGGUGUAACGCUUGUUUACUUUGAUUUUAACUUGAGCUAAAAAAAAAAAAAAAUAAAUAAAUAAAAAAUGCUUGGCAUCAUUGAUCAUAGCUUAAAGGUAACGGUAAUGAACACAUGCGUUAUUGCUCAAGGGCUCCCCCAAUUGUUGGGAAGUGAAAAUUGACUAAGAAGACCAAGCGUUGCAGUGACCAGCGAAAAAUAGCGAGUAACUGAGUCCGCUCCCGAAAAUUGUUUAGAAUUGGCUAUAUUAAGUUUAAGUGAAUUUUUUUUCAUAAAUAAAAGAAUAGUCGCCCCCCCCCCCCCAAAAAAAAUAAAAAAAUAAAUGUGAACUCGUGAAUAGUGAACCGCAAAAUGUGUGAGGGAUUACUGCAUAGAACAGAAAAUACAAGUUGUUUUUAACUCAAAUACAAAUGACUAUAUUUACAUUUGUUUCAUCUCUAAAUAAGUCAAGCAAUGAAUGUACGUACUAAACGUUGACAAAAAAAAUAAUUAAUUAAUCAUCUGUGUUGUAACCCCAUGUCUUGAAAUAAGCAUUGUCCCAUCAUUUGAGCAAACCGCAAACAGAAAAGUAACGUGAGCAUCGAUGUUAGCACAACGUUACAGGUGUCCUGGCUGGUCUACCAAAAUUAUAUACCACUAAAAAUAGGUCAUCUUGAGUCACCGUGGCAACGACAGAGACGCUGUCUAAAUACUACACCUUGUUGCUUUAAAAACAAACAAUUGCAGGACUAAAGAAGAGCAGGCAAAGUCUAUGUAUUUUAUCUCUGUACAUUUAAGAUGUGUAUCUUUCAAUUGUGUAAAUAAAAAAAAUAAAAAAAAAUAAAAAAUGAGUAAUUUAUCUGUGAAAUUUAAGGGAAUAAAUCAAGCCUGACAGGUGAGAAUAUGUUUGCGUCUUUAUUGUUGUUUGCAUUAAAUUAUAAAUGGGAGCUACGCGACAGUAGUAGAACCACACUGAAUAAAAUAUAAUAA